AUGGGGAUAUUAAAUGGUGAAUCACACCAUAUGCUUAGGAUAUCGAAUGGUUUGAAUCACCAUAUACUAAGGAUAUUGAAUCAUUUGAAUGGUGCAGUGAGUCCGCACGGUUCACCUGCCAGCACUGCUUCAAUGACCUGGCUCUAUUUGAAACCCCACGAAAUAAUCUCAGUCUCUCACUUGACCACCUGUCUUUCACAAAUCUCGCGGAGAGCGGCACGAGAACCUACAAUGAGUAAAAAUACAGUAGGGAAGAAUACGGAGAAGGACAAGAACAAGAAGUGGGAGGUAGCAUACACGGCUCGAAUGAGGCAGAUUGUGCCUGGUCUCUUCCUUGGAAAUGUCGAGGCAUCAUACAAAUGGGAAAUGCUUCAAAAAGUCGAAUCAACGCAUUUGUCUCUCUUACUGAUGCCCGGUGGGUGUGGUGGAACACUACUACAAGAGAGGCAGGCAUCCCAGCACAUCGUCACAAAUGGAUGGCAUCUCCCGUUCUUUCGUCGUUGUCCUCCUUGGUCAUCGAGCACAAACACGACACGAAUGAUGAGCCAUGCAGAGCACCUCCGGAGGCCAUAUUAA